UAUUCUUGAAAUAUAGAAAAGAAAUCAGAGGAAAUAUGUCUUCCAUCGGUGAACUUGCUUGUACUUACGCUUGUUUGAUCCUUCACGAUGAUGGCAUUCCUAUUAAUGCCGAGAAAAUUGGUACACUCAUAAAAGCAGCAAAUUUGAAGGUGGAAUCAUACUGGCCGAGCCUUUUUGCCAAACUUUGUCAGAAGAUGAACGUGGAUGAACUUGUCAUGAACGUCGGCGUCGGCGGAACCGCGGCUGCUACCGCCGCUGCUCCCGCUCCUACUACUGGUCAGGAUGCCGCCGCUGCACCUUCCGCCAAUGACAAGAAGAAGGAAGAAGUAAAAGAAGAGAGUGAUGAUGAGUUGAUGUUCAGCUUGUUUGACUAGAGCUUAUAGAAUUCAGCGAUCCUCAGCUUGUUGGCUCUUUAUUAUAUAAAGAAUUAU